AUGAACCUACAUGAACAAGAGCGAACCGAAGAUUUGCCCUUGACAUGGGCGAUUAUCACCUUUGUCCAGAAAGACACUAUUGGCAAUUCCACCUGGAUCAGAGCUAUCCCUAAUCGACUGCCCCAAAACGAGCGAAAUCUGUGGAUUGUGGGUCUCGAGGGAGGGCUGACCGAUAGCAGGAGGGAAAUCCGCUGGUCUAUUCGAAUCGAUCUAGAUGAAGAUGGGUUUCAUGUGAAUACUGAGAAGGCGUGGAAAAGGCUAAACCAGAAUCAGUGGGAAGGAGAAAACUGGAGAGUCCAAAAAGAUUGUCUCGAUCCUCCUGCAUUUUACAAGAGGGUCAGGCAGAGUUUCUACAACAGGACCGGCUAUUACGAUGAAGGGAGAUCUCAUGAAACCUCCGCCAAUAUCUUGAAGGGCAUGUUCAUAGGGGGGACGUAUGUCGACGAUGUCUAA